AUGUCCAACCUAACACUAGCAAGUCACAAAAGGAUACUUACACGGUAUACUAACCAAUUACAAAAAGUUCUAACCCGAUUCAAAGACGCGAAGUUAGAAGAAAUCAGUAUUCUAAACCUGCAAGAUGAGAUAACGCCCACCGUUAUUCACACAAGCCUACAGAAGUUAGAAGAAGGAGUUGUAGCCCUGGAAAACAUGACUUCAAAGAUUCAGCAUGCUCUAGACGAACUCACUACCAUAUUCGAAAAGACACACGCGACAAUACCGAAUAUUGAAGACGUGUUCGCACAGUACUCGAGUGCCACUGAAGAGGCGAUUGGCAACAUUUUCGAAUGCCUUGUACUCCUUCAUGCUCAGAUCCAUGGCUUCAAGCCUCACGCUGAGCUUCUCAACACAUCUCACAAACCCUCUACUACGAACAGUGGCAAAGAUGAAUCCACCGUCACUGCGGUCAUGAAAAAUCUGGAGCCACACAUUCAAUGCCGACAGGCAAAACUACGCAAAAGCCAUAGAAUUUCUUACUAA